GCAGGCAAGAUGGCGGCGGGAGGUGGGGAAGAUCGUACAGGAGCGGAGGAUUGGGCUUUGCCUUCAGAAGUGGAAGUUUUAGAGUCUAUCUAUUUGGAUGAGCUUCAGGUGUUUAAAGGAAAGAGGUCUGUCCCCUGGGAAAUCUCCAUCACCCUACACCCAGCAACUGCUGAGGACCAGGAUUCUCAGUAUGUCUGUUUCACUCUUGUAUUGUCUGUGCCUCUGCAGUAUCCAAAUGAAAUACCAAAGAUUGCUAUCCGGAAUCCUCGAGGGCUAUCAGAUGAACAGAUCCAAAAAAUUUCCCAGACACUGCAGUGUAUCGCUGAGACCCAACUGGGAACGCCUGUGCUAUAUGAACUAAUAGAGAAGGGAAAAGAAAUCCUCACAGACAACAAUAUCCCUCAUGGGCAGUGUGUGAUUUGCCUGUAUGGCUUUCAGGAGAAUGAAGCUUUCACCAAAACCCCAUGUUACCACUACUUCCACUCACGUUGUCUUGCUAGUUACACAGAACAUAUGGAGAAAGAAAUCAGUGUACAGAAGAAAGAAAGAAUACAGCAUUUGACCUCUAUGCCCAAAGAGGAUAUCGAAGUGCAAUGCCCGGUGUGCAGGGAGCCUCUAGUGUAUGACCUUGCCACGCUGCAGGCAGCACCACUACCACAGCAGUCAACGGAAGUGUACCAGCCUGACCAGCAGACACUGCAACACAGAGAGCGACUGCGUCAGAUCUUCCAGAGACAACAAGAAAAAGGAGGCAUCAUUGACCCUGAGUUGGAGAGAAAUCGCUAUUUUGUUAGCCUGCAAAAGCCCUCUGAUGUCAGGGAAUAUGAUCAUACAGCCAUCUCAGAAAAUGACCUGGGAAUCAAGGAUGAGCUGAAGUCACCAGAAGGCUCAGAACAUGCUCAAAGAAGUACAACACUCAUGAACAGUGAGCUAAAAAAUAUAGAUAAAUCAUCUGUUACUUUGCAUCACCAUAACAAGAGAGAGAGGAGUCGAGGGGAGAAGCCAUCUUUACAAAAGCCUGGCUGGCAACUACAUUGCAAGGCACUGGAGAUGACCACGGAAAUGUAUGUUGAGGGAGAAUCUAAAAUCUGCAGUAGGAGACCUAACUGGAAGAAGGAAAGAGGGCGAUGGAGCUGUGGGAGAUAUAAUCAAGACAUUUCAAAAUCUUGUAGCCGAAGCCAGGAGUCUUCAUUCAUGGAUAAAAAAGAUUUGUGCACCAAAGAUGUCCCGUCAGCCAAAGAAGAGGAAAACAACAUGGGGAAGUGGAUGCCAGUGCAGAAAACUCAAGCCUCAGACAGAGAGAAAGUGGAUGUUUGCCGCAGAGAGCUCAGAGGGCGUAACAAAUGGCAGGGUCAGCAUGGGAUUCAGGACUGUGAGAGAUGGGAAAAGACCAAAGGGAGAGAGUAUGUAACUUAUCCCAAAAUGCCAAGAGGGGGGCAGUCCAGACCAAAGCCACGGAAAGAACUGCAGUUCCAAGAGACUGAGGGAGGCUCCUAGCUGCUGGCAAUCAAGGGGAGGACACUGAUAAUUUUGUCUUUUGCCUUUCAGACAUUGACUUUUCAUUAUUUUAGAGGGGAAAAAAACAGCUGUCUGGGGAGUUUUCUCUAACACACAGGCCAUCUACAUCUUGUGGGAUUGCGUCAGCUUUGUGAAGAAUAUGCUGUUUGUGAGGAUUAGAAUGCUGCACAGGGAGAAAUAUCUAACUUGAGAGAGCAAUAAAUGAUAGUUCAUAAGUAUAUUGAAAUAUCUUCUAGCAAAACGGAAUUAUUGCAGUGGUGGGGAGGUGAAAUCGCUUAGUUGGAAAAGCCACUUGGGAAAAUGCACUGUUAAACACUUUUAAAGAUAUUUUUUGAGGUAUGUCUCCCUCUUUAUUGCCAGGGGUUUGGAUCAGAUUUCCCAUAUUGUUUACUAUUAACGGUCAUUAGUGCUAGACGUGAUGGCAGAAGUGUGCACUGUAGUCAGUUUCAGCUUGGAAAAUUUAGAAUUAAGCUCCUCUUACGUGUAAAUGGUCCUCUGAACCACAGAAGGCUGCAGGUAGGCUGCAUACCGGGAUGUUGUUUUUUAGUGAACUUUUCACUGCUGUCAGUACCAAAUAUGCCACUCUGAAUUUAUGCUGUGAUUAAACAUUUGCUCUCCAGAAUUUUGAGGUACUUAUAUUUCAAAAGAGAAGCUUACACUGAACCCUUCAAUUCCAGAUGCCAGUGUGCCAGAACUAUAAAAAGCUAUGCAAACAGUGACA